AUGUCCGAGCAGGGUCCGCUGAAGAAUGAAUCAGUCAUAAUUAAUUUAGAUAACAAGAGUGGGGAUGGGUCACAUUGGGUUUCAGAUAUAAAACGUGGGAUGGUUGUAUGGUACUAUGAUAGUUUCGGCAAUCUACGCCUACCCAAGGAGCUAAUCAAAUAUUUGACCAACAAGUCGAAAAAGAUAAAACUCUUGUACAAUUAUAAUCGACAACAACAGUUCAAUACGUUUUGGUGUGGUGAUUUGUGUCUGCGAUUUCUAUCUGAAGAAACAUCAGAGCGCUGA